AUGGAUCAAUUAAAUGUUGUUGAUAUCAAGCAAGAAAUCAUAAAAUGUUUUAAACAAUUAGAAAUAGUUUUUGCUGUUUAUAUCGAGGAUACACAUCUAAAGAAUAACAGAAAUACGAAUGCAAUGGUUCAAAAACAACAACAAGUCGUGCAACUUAUAGGAGAAAUUGGAGACCAUUUUAUACAACAAGCAGAUUAUAAUCAACAAUUAUUAAAUUUAUACACACAAAGAAAUCAAGCAACAAAACCAAAAGAAUAA